UCAAAGUAAAAGAGGGGUCUUCUUCUUUUCUAUUCAGUUCAUUGAGAAAAACCCUCUGAAGCUUCUUCAAGAGCGAAAAACGGCUCCACGCGAAGGAUUUUGACCAGUCAAAGUAAAAGAGGGGCCUUCUUCUUUUCUAUUCAGUUCAUUGAGAAAAACCCUCCAGUGAAGCUUCUUCAAGAUCAAAAAACGGCUCCACAUCCAGCGAGAUUUCGACCAGUGAAGGAUUUCGACCAGCGAAGGCUUCGACCAAUAUUGCUCUCUACUACAAUACGUCUGCAUGCUCUCCUCCAUGGCUUAUAAGUUCCCUAUCUCUAGAUUUUCCAUUCAAGUAUUUUUGGAAAAGAUUACAAAAUACACAAAUGGGUUUCUAUGAAGUUACUAUCUUUUGUUCUAAUUUAUGUUUGGUUUUUAAUUUUAGUGUGGUUUAAAGUUUGUAUCUCAAAUUUGGUGAAGAUUUGAGUUUUUCGUGAAAAAUAUCUAUGAUAAAAAAUUAAAGAAGAUUGCUUAAAUUUUGGGUUUUAGUAAAAUUGGAGUUUGAGAAACUAGGUUUCAAUUCUUUGAGCCAAAAUUUUAUUCGAAGUUUAUUUUGUACUGAAUAAUGAGUUUACUGCUGUUUGGGAGGAAUUAAAGUGACAAAUACCCUUCAAAACUCCAUUGUUGAGGUCGACAAAGUUCUAAAACUUAAAUAGAGAAAUUUAAAGUUGGGAGAGUUGGAGAAAAUUGUUGUAUAUAUAUAUGGGGAUUUUACUUUUUUUGUUGGUUUUCUGGUUGUUUGGCUCUUGUGUUCUAAAAUGGGUGUUUUUUCAUGCAUAACCUGAUCAAUUUUUUUAUCAAUGGGUUUUUAUGCAUAACCUGAUCAAUUUGUCAAUUUUUUUUAUCAAUGGGUGUUCUAAAAUGCUCUUGUUUGGUUUUCUGUUUUUUUUUUUUUUGCAUAACCUGAUCUAAAAUGCUCUUUUUUUAUGCCCAACAGGAAAGAAACAAAAAUUAUCCCCAAUAUAGCAUAUAAAUAAGAGCAAUAAAAGAUUAACAAGAAGCCACAACAAAAGCCCGCUAAAUAAGAUAGUUGCUGCCCUGCUAGCAACCUUGUAGUUAUAGCAGAAAGUGAGAUGUAUACAACUGCUAAUAGUAACAGUUGACUCAAUUUCUUAAUGUUGAUUAAGUACAUGUACAAUGUGAGUGUGUGCGCGCGCGUGCUGUACCUUAGUGCUCUUUUCUAACAAAAUUAUACCACCCAGAACGGCUAGACCUUCAAUAGUUUAGUCUGAAUGCUUGCAGUUUUUGGACUAAAAUAGGGAGGCUCCCAUUGUACGUUAACAUCGAUUGUUGGCUAAAUUGCGCCAAACUUACUCUUUAAAGUUGUAUACAUGUGUCAAUAUCCCUUCAUUUAGCCUGAACUUUAACUUGGUUUUAAAUGUGUGCCUCAAUCAGAUUAAGCAAAUAGACUAGGGCGAAUUGCAGCAAUGCCCAGAAAUUUUAUGGAGAUUACAGACUUGGGAGAUUGAACAUAAGUUUGUCGAAGUGUAAAGUUCAGAAUGUCCACCAACAGAAGUUGGAUAACUUAGUUAGGACCAUCAAAUACAAGGUACUAAACACUAUAUUGCAAGAUACCCACAUCAAAAUAGCCCGUACAAUAGCCAAAUCAUCCUCUCCUGGAUAGUUAUCUCCAUAUUGUAAAGAGGACUGUGAGAAGUUUAGUUUUUUCUAUUAUUCAAUCUGUUCUGUGUCUCUAUCUUACUCUUACCGAUCAAAAAUAACCAAAAUAAAUGUUCUUAAAUAAUGCUACUUUAUUACUAUUUUAAAUUUUGACUGAUGAAUUAUAUUACUUUUAAACAGCAGGAGUUUUCUGAAGAGCUCGCCAUUGGCCAUCAUUAAAAGCCCAAGUCCGGCAUACUGAUAGACCGACAGCAGACGCCUGCUGAAACGUCUCAGUAACUUUUUCCCUUGUGGACUGAUCAGCAGCAAACAACAUUAACCAGUAAGUAUUUAAUCCAUUCACAUAAAAAGGUUGGUCAUUCACCACAAAUUGGUUCCCACUCUUCUGCACCAUUGUCCACUCUCCAUCUUCCAUCUCUCCCCUGUCAUUAUAUCCAUUCAGAAAUGCAAAAUUAAACUUAGAGAAACAAACAAUCUUACAAACAUAACAAGAAAAUGAAACUGAUUCGCUGCUUCAUCGAAUGGAGCACGAUUUACAUACUUUGUACAUACUACAAGUAGACAACUAGCAGCCAAUAAAAGCAAUUUAGAGCUAAAAUUUUGCUCCUGGUUAACCAUGUUGGCAAGUCAAUAAGCAAGUUAAGAUUAUCUUGAACAACAUAGUAUAUAUAUAGAUGUACAACGGGACGUGUCCGAGGUUUUUCUGAAUAAGCAACAAGCUUAUGAUAAUGGACAGAAGUAGUGUUGAGGAGGGAAUGAUCAAAGCUACCUUACAAGAAAAGAUCCACUGUUGGAGGAAAAUGGACACAAAAGACGAUUUAUGGACAUAUACCAAGUCGAAGUAUGAUAUUCCCGAUGCUGCAAAAACAUGGACUUUAUUUUCAAUUGGAAAUGCUUGGAGAAGGCAUAAAAGUCAACGGAAGAAAGAUCAUUAUGAUGCCUAUCAAAAUGAUGAAGUUCGAAUGACAAAAAGGCCUGGUUAUAUACCAGAAUUUCAGUUUAAAGAACUCCUGAAAUAUUGGAGUUCUGAUAAACUACAGAUAUCAUCCGAAAUCAACAAGGAGAAUCAGAAAAAGUUGACGGAUCCACACACAGCUGGCAAAAUAAGUUUUGCUGUAAUCCGUAAUGAAUUGGAAAAAAUAAAGGAAUCUAUAUCACUUAAGGAGAUGUUUGUGGCCACAAGAGCAAGAAAACCUGGGCGUUUGUACAAGGACUCAGACGAAAAUACAACUAGUAAAAUUGCUGAAAUGGAAAAAAUUGAAACACAGCAAAGUGUAGAUGGCAGUCAGUCUGUUGAUGCAUUUUCAUCUGUCAUGGGUCCUGAACAUUCAGGACGUUUAAGAUUAUAUGGACGAGGGGUUACAAAGACUACUUUGAAAGGAAAAGUGGGCCAUUUCGAGCCGACUUCAAAUGCCACAAAUGAUACAGUGCAAGAAAUGCAAGAAAGGAUUCGAAAGAUGGAGGAACAAAAGAGAACUAUGUGACAAGCAAUUACAGCAGAUGUAAUUGCUCAACUUCAGCGUGCAGGAUUAAUUAAUCCAAACAUACUAGCAACAUUGUCUGUUUCGUCACUAGGAGAAGCUACCUCUGCACCACAAGCUGCUAAUCAACUGAUCUAUCGACCAUCUACAGGUAGCAACAAUCAAGGUGGAGAACUUGAAGUAGGCGACAAAAGUGAUGAAGAUCUUACUUAGGAGUAUUAGGUUGAUUCAUGAUGAAACUUUACAUAUGCUGUAGAAAUAUUUUAUUUUUGUACACUUUGGAAACUUAUGUGUUCCAAUUCACUGCAGAUAUUGUUAUAUAUUUUGCUUUUAUGGAUAUUACACCUAUUAUGGAUUC